GCGCGGACAGUAGAGCUUUGGUUCCUUUUUUCAAGCAUAACGCUCUAUCUCACAUCCGGGGUUGGUUUAGUCUAAUCUGCAGCAAGUUAACCGGAAAAUAUGCGCAUGAGAAAAAAAAAGUGUGCAACCAAAGAAGCGAGGGUUUCAGAGCAUACACGCCGCUCCCGGCUCAGCCGGCACGGGACAGGAGUAUAUCACCGCUCCCCUUAGGCACCGACAACGACCCCCGAGACUGCCAGAGGGUUAACAGAGAGUGUUGGGAAUGCCUUAUGUAGAUCGACACAAUCGCACUUGUGGCUUUUUGGAUAUUGAAGAAAAUGAUAGUAGCAAUAAGUUCCAGAGGCGCUAUUUUCUCCUGGACACGCAGGAAAACUUUCUCUUCUGGUACAUGGACAAUCCACAGAAUCUCCCCAGUGGCACUGAACCUGCAGGAUGCCUUCAGCUGACAUACAUCUCCAAGGUCAGUGAGGCAACAGCUAAACAGAAGCCAAAGGCAGAAUUCUGUUUUGUGAUUAAUGCUCUGUCCAGACGAUAUUUUCUUCAAGCCAAUGACAAAAAGGACCUGCAGGAGUGGGUAGAUGCACUGAACCGAGCUACCAAGAUUACGGUCCCUAAAGUAAAUCAAACCCCUGCAUGCACAGAAGUGAAAACAGUUGCCGUGUCAUCUCAACCAAAGAAGCAGCAAGUGGCCUACAAGACAGAAAUUGUCGGAGGUGUGGUGGUUCACACACCAAUUAAUCCAAAUGAAGAUGAGGAGGCUGAGGGACGAGAACCUUUACCAGUCCAUACUGGCCUUAAACGCUGUCAGAGCCACAUCCCUUUCUCUAGUCCUAGCCGACCUGGUGUCAUCAAAAGUGGAUACUGUGUUAAACAGGGGGAAUGUGACUUUCAGAAACUAACCAUUCUUAAAUGUGGUUCACAGAGAAAAAACUGGAAGAGAAGAUUCUUUACACUAGAUGAGACCUCUGUGAAUUACUUCAAAUGUGAAACGGACAAGGAUCCACUUCGUUCAGUUCCUUUAAAGGAUGUACAAAAGGUUCAUGAGUGUCUUGUUAAAUCUGGUGAUUUCUUAACAAGGGACAACCUCUUUGAAAUAAUUACAAGCUCCAGAGUAUUCUACAUUCAGGCAGAUAGUCCUGAAGACAUGCACAGCUGGAUCAAGGCUAUCAGUACAGCACUGCAGCAGUUCCGUGGUCCUGUGAAGGAGUCAUUUAGCCGCACCUUAUCAUUGCACAGAUACAGACCCCAGAACUUCAGUAAACAAACAGGAGAGGAAAAAAAGAGCCAGAUGGUUAAGUCUACUUCAACUGCCUCCUCUUGGCAGCCCUGGACACCCAUCACCCCAUCAAAAACCAUUGGUACACCAGGGAACACAAUCCUUGAAGAAGUGACUGGACAGUUCAGCUCUUUGCCCCUCCAAAGCACUCAGGAUGUGGAGUCUCAAGGCAAGCGCAGACGGCACUAUUCCCAGCCUGGGGAGUGCAGCGGUACCAUGUUUCCUUCAACAUUGGAUGCUGAUGGCAUGAGAACCACAGAUGUGUAACUGUGAAACACCACAGAGCCUCCAAGAGGCAAAGCAUAGUUUUUUUAUGUUUGAACUGCACUCAACUUUUAGCACAGUAGAAUCGUACUAAUGCCCAGCUCCAGAGAUCCCUCACCAAAGUGAUGAAAGUAAAAAGACCAUCAUUUGGGGCACAUUGAUUCCUUUGUGUUCCUGCUUACAGAUAGUUUUGCACUAGAAUCUCCCAGUUCAGCCUGCCAGUCAUCCCAGUGCAACAGUGGAGUGACAAAAACUAUUCACUGAUGAAGCAAGGUGAUAUAAUGAAAUAAUAUAGCACUUCUCAUCAAGUUUUGGCCUUCUUUUCCCAGAAAGUAUGCUGUCUCCUCUUUUUUGUAUGUGUUGUCAGGUGACUUAACUGGAAAACAGGAAGAAAAUGAGCACAUUUUUUCAGUAUUUGGCAUCCAAGGCUGGCUGGGACAAUUCACUAGCUAAGCAAUAAUUCAAAUUUUAAAAUUGGUAUUUGUGCCAGAAUAGUUUUACUCCUACGUUGAUACAGCUUGGCAGUUUGCUAUUAAUGUGAAUAUUCUAAAAUUUAUGUGAAGGAAAUUUGGACUUUGUUUGUGUCUGAAACCAGGAUUUCUCAAAAAGUCUGAGGUGAGCCACUGCUGACUGCACUAGAUUUGUUAUACAUCUCACAGCAUAUGACUGGAUGACACCUACAAAAAACAUCUUUCCAGAAAAGACGUCGAUAAGAGGUGAACAAGGUGGAACAUAAGAACAGUACAAUAAAUCACAAGAAAACUAAGCAACUUCUAACUCUACAAGGCUAAUAGAGUUCAGUGUUUCCACCUUCCUGUAGACAAAUUCGUCAGUGUUCUUUGCUUGUUGUUAACAUCUGCAUUUUAUCAGUUGUCUGUGCCUCUACAAAUUCUACCUCUGCUCAUGGCUCGGCCCAACUGCAAGUGGCAGUUUUAUUAUAACCAUCAUGGAGUCACACAAGCUGCUAUGAUUGUUAGUGGCAGGUCACCACCAGCUGACAAGCAUCAUUUUGUAGUGACAUAUCACUGGUGAUGCCUGCCUGCAUAAUAAUAUGAUCAACAGCAAAACUACAGAAUACAGGCAAAAUUCCACAUUCAGAGUGCCUUUUAAUAAUCAUUCUGUACUUUGCUUUGACAUGCUCAGGGUUACAAAGAGAACCAGCAGCAGGAUUUAAAGCAACCAUUUCAAAUGUGUCACUGCUUCCUUUUAAUCAGACAUUUAGGUCUCGGUUGCUUCCCAUAUUGGGCUGCAGCAAUUUGGAUGUUUACAUUCAAAUUCCCCCACUUCAGUUAUCUGCUUAUGUUCAGCAUUAACAUAAAAAGGUUAGUUGUGUGCCUUUAAUUAGUGGUAGUCUCCUUAAGAAGAACAAGAAACAUUUAUGAUCUGCUGGUCAUAGGACUACCUAUUGAUAAGCCAAGUAUUAUAUUACUCCACGUUAUUACAUCAUUUCUCCUCCUCAGCAGCUCUGGCUGAAUAGCAAUUAAAAAUAUACAUGAAAAAAACAUUUUUGCUAUUGAAGGCACAAUAGCUGUCUUUAAGAUAAGUGUUCAUUAAAGUUAUAUUACACCUUAGAAUAUCAGGUGGAGACACUGUCAGUGUGAUGAGCAAACUGUUAACAAGUUGGCAGUUACUUAUUAGUUUGUCAAGCUGGCGGCAAUGCUGCGACAUGUUAGCAUCCUAUCUUUGUGACUCAGAAUCCCAGUUUCAUUAAACUUGGCAGUGGAUUGUCCACAGAAUUCAUACAUCAUCAGUCUCUUUUGUGCUGAAUUGUGGUCCAUGAAUCCCCAAGAUCCACUUAUAUUUACCAAAAUGCUUAAAUAAUCAAGUCAGGUGGCAAGCCACGCACUAGAGCUUAUAGUUUACAACAAAGGUACAAAUAUGGGUUGCUCUUGCUGCAAUCAGUGGUUAAGGCUAUACACUCAUUGCUUUCCAUAUGUAUUUCACAUCAGCUUUACACAGAAGAAAAUUAUAUUGAAGGAUCGGCUUUAUUGUAGACUACAUUCUUUUGCAAGCAUAUUGAUUUGUAACCAAUUUUUAUUCCAAAUUAUUCAGAUGGAAAGGAUCAAAAAAGUUAAUGGAUGGAAUAAAUUGACCUUCAUGUAAUACAAUGUGGGGCAGUAAUACAUAUUUUACAAUGUCAGGUGACAAAAGCCAUUUCAUUAGAAAAGGUCUGCAUUUAAGGCAGGAGGAUUGGGCUUCUGAAUGAGGAGACAAAGCAUCAGCUGGACAUAAUAAUCUGACCUACAGACUUGGACAAAAGAGUUGGAAAAUUGAGGUUUCACUUUUUUCCAUAAACUAUCUCAGUAAUAAGUGGCACGUUUGCUAGUGAUGUUGUUGGAAAUGUAAUGUGAGUAAGAUUCAUGUUUACAUUUACAUGUAAGUUUGCUAUGCUUUCCUCUCUCAUUCCAAGCACAUACAUGUAAGUUAGAUUGACUGAUGACUGUAAAUUGACCCAUUUUGAGUAUGUAUAUACGUCUUGUAAAAGGGUGGCAUCACAUUUACUGCUGGUUCUUGUCUUACAUCAUGUGCUGCAGCCCUGAAAUUAUUUUAUGUGAAAAGUGAACUUGUAAAAUGGUUGUUUUGCUGUCCAAAUUAGAAAUUUGGUACACUGUAUUAAUCCUUUGAAAUCCUGUGAAAUUUUUUUUUCACAUGACUUAGGAGCAGCCAUAGUACAACGCCCCAGGUUAAGGGGCUUGCUCAAGGGCCCAAUGGAGUAGAAUCCCUUCUGGCAGAAAUAGGAUUUGAACUGGCAACCUUCCAAAUACGAGCACAGAUCCUUAGUCUCAUUGCCACCACCGUUUACUAUGUUAAAUAAUAUCCAUGCAUGUGAAAGUAAGAGGUAAUGAGAUCCCCGACUGAAGCACAACAAUAAAGAGUAAGCCCAUCGACUGGUUAGCAAGGAUGAAAACUAGAAAAUAAAAUGAGGUAAUGCUUCAUAUUAACAGAAAUGAAAAACAUAUGAAACAAGUGUCAUAAAAUACAGGAUUUUCUGUGUGGAAUGCACAAAAAAAAUCACAAUCAUAAUCCAGCCAUCUUAAAAGAAUGCUUCCUUCUAAAGGGUAAUCAAUGUAACAGCAGCAAUCAUUUUGAAACUCCUCUGCCCAUUUUAGUCUUGUACAGUAAGUAAUCCUUGAAUGUCCAGUCACUCUCAAGACCUGUGUCUUCUCAUGAAAAUGGGACUUUAUAUUCAUAAUGAACCGGAAACACAAACUAUUGUGACAGAAACUAGCAAAUGCCUCUGCAGAAAUAAAAAUUCAUCAGAUCAUAGGGAUGCAGUGCCAUCUGCUGGUCAGAAAUGCAACUGCACCUAUCCAUCUUCCUGAUCUUUCUUUCUCUUUCUAGGUGCACAGGGUUUUUUAAGCUCAAGUUGUACUUAGCAACAAGAUUUACUUUGUACCAUUCAAACCCAGAGGACUACAGAAGUGGCACCACUAUAAAAUGAAAGAUUUUGGCUUAUUUGAUUUUCAACAAGAAUAUUGCAGCUUUUAGAAAAAACAAGUAUACAACGGGCACAUAUUAAAUUCAAAUGAUUUCUCAAUGUUGUAAAUGCAAUUAUUGUAUACAUAUUAAAGAAUUGAAACAA